AUGGAGUCCAUAGCGAGGAUCUCGAGUCUCAUGGAGACCGCGAGGGAGCUCACCCUCGAUGCUGCCCAGGCGACGCGCGGUGCGCGCACGAGCUCAAGACCUUUGGAUCGAAACCAGAUGAGGAAGUUGUUGGAUAGUAGGAACGAGCGUGAGGUCCUCGAGGGUCUACGGCGUGUUAUGGCGAUGAUGUAUCGAAACCACAAGACUCUACCGUUCUUCUCUUCCGUCGUCAAGAAUGUCGCCUCGCCGAAUAUCGAAAUCAAGAAGCUUGUCUACAUAUACCUCAUCCACCAUGCCGAACAGGAGCCAGAUCUCGCACUCCUCUCCAUCAACACUAUUCAGAAGUCCUUAUCCGACCAGAACCCCCAAGUCCGAGCUCUCGCCCUUAAGACCAUGUCCGGAAUUCGAGUCCCCGUCAUCAGCCAGAUUGUAUCUCUCGCUAUCAAGAAGGGUGUGGCCGACAUGAGCCCCUACGUGCGGAAAGCAGCUGCCCUUGCGAUUCCGAAAUGUCAUCGAUUAGACCCGAGUCAAGCGCCGCAGUUGAUCGAUUAUUUGACGACUUUGCUAGGUGACAAGCAAUACUAUGUUGCUGGAGCUGCCGUGUCAGCUUUCCUCGAGAUAUGCCCCGACCGGAUAGACCUUAUUCACAAGCAUUAUCGCACGCUGAUCAAGCAAGUGGUGGAUAUGGACGAAUGGAGUCAACUGGCAACACUACGAUUGAUGAUGUAUUAUGCGAGAAAGUGCUUCCCUCGAGGGACAGAGUCGCCAGACGAAUCGACCGAAAAUUCUGAGGACCAGCGAGUGGACGACUUCUACGGGGAAUCGCGACAAGGUAGUCAAAGUCAGGGGUCUUCAGUGCUUGACCCGGAUCUGGCAUUGCUGCUAAAUGGCAUCAGACCUUUACUGCAGAGUAGGAAUGCUGGUGUUGUUGUCGCUGUCACUCGGUGCUAUGUCGAUAUCGGAACACCCGAGUACGUGAAGCAGGCUAUUGGCCCCCUGAUCGCCUUGCUUCGUGGAGCUCAGGAUAUCCAGGAGACUGCCUUGUUCAACAUCGUCUCCGUCUGUCUUCUUCGACCCACUGAGUUUGUCAAAUAUGCCAGCCAUUUCCUGGUUCGGGCCACCGAUACUGCCCCUGUGUGGGAAUUGAAGUUGGAGAUCCUGACGAUCAUAUUCCCUCACAGCCCCCCACACGUUAAAAGUCUUAUUCUGAAGGAACUUGAACACUUCUCCCAAGGAACGAACAAAGCCCUAGUUCGAGAGGCGGUGCGUGCUAUUGGCCGCUGCGCCCAGACUGAUACCUCUGCAGCUCCUCGAUGCUUGAAGUUACUCCUGGGUCAAAUUACUAGCUUGGACGGCACUCUCGCUGCCGAGUCACUGACAGUCAUUCGUCACCUGAUACAACAGGACGUCCAGGGACAUGUUGGGACGGUUGUUCGCCUAGCAAAGAAUCUCGACUCUGCAACUGACCCUCAGGCUCGUGCUACAAUCAUCUGGCUCGUGGGUGAAUUCUCAGGUCUAAAUGGAGAGGACAACAUUGCGCCAGAUGUUCUUCGCAUCUUGCUCAAGGAGUUUUCUAAUGAAUCUCCAGUUGCUAAGCAACAGAUUUUGCUCUUGGGGGCCAAGGUUUACCUCCACCAUCUCAACCGCAGGACUGAAGCUGAAAAGGAGAGGGAUGCUGAGGAGGGCCCGCCUAUGGAUACAGAUACUCAUCCUAUCGUAAGGUUAUGGGAAUACGUCCUGCUACUAGUGAGAUAUGAUACAUCGUUCGAUCUCCGUGAUCGCGCGAGAAUGUAUCGAUCACUUCUUGCAGUUCCCCAGCUGGCGACACUGAUGCUCCUUGCUGAGAAGCCAGCGCCACAUGCCCCGAGUCCAUCAGAAUCUCGAAAGGGAUUCCUCUUGGGUUCUUCCACAUUGGUGCUUGCAGGUGGUGGGGGUAUUCAUGGUCUUCGGGGAUAUGAACCUUUACCUGACUGGGUCGAGGAAGGAAAACAGCCUGAUCGCCGACUUCGAGAACCUGAAGGCAGUCAAAGUUCUAGGUACGACGUAGAAAGAAGUACACUUCCUGCCAGUGAGAGGCUCGAUGAGGCGGCCAAGACAGUCAUGCCUAGUAGGUCAAACGGCACAGGGACAGGCACGGGUGAAGCAGUGGGUGCCAAGACUCUUGAUGACUGGCUUGCAGAAGAAGAGCAAGAAAGCGAGGAGACGGAGGAAGAGACAGAAGAGGAAUCAUCGGAGGAGGAGGACGACGAUGAGGAAGAAGAUGAUGACGAGGAGGAAGAAGAGACGGAUAGCGAUGACGGUGGAGAAGCCGAUAGACUGGUCAAAUCCUAA